AUGAAAGCCAAUCAAGAGCGAAGUAAUGGAUGCCUGCCUCCUAAGAAGCGUGAAAUCCUGGCUCUGGAGCAGAGGCCAGUAGUAGUAGCUACAGCAACUCCUCCUGCUGCAGUGGCUGCCGAUAGUCCCCAUACUGAAAACUUAGCAUGGUUAGCCAGUGUUGCAAGUGAACGCUGUAGGUCCAGAGAGGCAGAGAGCCCUAGAUGUGAUGUCAUCUCCACUUCAUCCUCUUCUCCCUCCACACCAAUUCCAUCCCCAGCGGCUACCCUAUCAGCAGUUCCUCUGGCCUCUCUGCCUGCAGUGUACCAAACUGCCCUCCCCCAGCAAGCUGGGACCAUCCAGCUUGCUCAGCUGGGACCCAAUGUGCAGUUCAUCAGCUCUGGACCCUACGCUGGAUACAUCUCCUCUCAUAUCAUCUCAACUAACAGUAGUUCUGCUCCGAACAGUUCUGCCAUAGUAGGACAGCGUCCCCACAUAGACGGCUACACCACUGCCCUCGUCUCCCCCAACACCAAAGGUGAGCAGCAGUUUCAGAUAGGUCUCUCCCCCACAGAGCUGGCUCCUGUGUCGCUUCCGAGCUCUCCUCAAGUCACCAGUCAGUACAUCCAUCUGGAUGGCAGAACACCUCUGACAGUCAGCAGCAACGCUGUGACAUCACCCACUGCCCACCUUCAGCUCCAUCCUCACACAGCUGUCCUCCCACAGACACUCACACUUGCUCCGUCCCAGCUUGUGGUUCAGUAUGCAGAUGGUUCAGCAGGAAAGAAACCAGAGGGGCACGCUAAGGGUAUGCUGAACGGGGAAUUGGAGGUGGGAAAACAGGCAAAAGCCUCAGGUCAGCCAACAAAUCAGCAGCAGCUCCAGAGUUAUGAAGCCAGGCAUAUCCUCCUACCUGCGGACUAUGGCCAAAACCCUGCAGGGCUACAGACUUCCUAUGUGCUUGUGGCCCAGCCCAACCACUCAGUUGAGCAUGACCAUGGCUCAAAUAAAAUCUCCCUAAUCCAAACCGAGAAGGGAAGCAUCUGCUUGGGGAAACCAGUGUCUAGAGCGUCCUCUUUCACUUCGCUUUCUUCCUCUGAGGUGUUGAAGUCUGUUGCUCCUCAGACUGUCAUCCAGACCACCCUACCCCACGAGGAGCUACCAGCCAACCUGUACUCCUCCACACAGUCACCUAUCUUUGGCUAUAUCACCAGCACAAACCAGCAUGCCGUCAGCUAUCAUGCUGCACUGCCCCAGCACCUGGUCAUCCCAAGUGGGCAGUCCCUUCUCAUCCCUGUCAGCAGCGCCAAUAACGGCACAGAAAUGGAAGUUAGCCGCACUGUCAGCGCCCUGACUGCCACCACUACCCCUCAAAUAUCCACCGCCAUGCCACACGCCUAUCUGGCCACAGCCCUGUCCAAGUGUGAGGCGCUUGGACCAGAUGGAAACCAACCACCUCCUGCUGUGGCACAGACUCCGGCCUUGCCAGCGCUGCCCUCAAACCCUGUCCCCGCUGUGGUGGCGGCUCCAUCCCCUGCUCCCACUCCAGCUCCCGCUCCCGUCCAGGCCCCCCCCUCGGUUCCUUCCUCCUCGUCCCCCGUGGCACUUCCUCCAUUCUUCAUGCGAGGCUCUAUUAUCCAGCUGGCUGAUGGAGAGCUAAAGCGUGUGGAGGACCUCAAGACAGAGGAUUUUAUUCAGAGUGCUGAGAUCAGCAGUGAGCUGAAAAUUGACUCCAGCACCGUGGAGCGCAUCGACAGUGGGCAAAGUCCAAAUGCUGUUGUCAUACAGUUUUCUGUGGGAGAACUCAAAGCCCAGGUAUGUGUGGAGGUGCUGGUGGAAUAUCCUUUCUUUGUCUUCGGCCAGGGCUGGUCGUCCUGCUGCCCUGACCGGACCACGCAGCUUUUUGAGUUGUCCUGUGCCAAGCUGUGUGUUGGUGAUGUGUGUGUGUCACUGACCCUCCGCAGCUUAAGGAAUGGAUCUUUUACAGACAAUCAGGCUUUGGGGACCAAGCUGAAGACUGGUCACCUCUCUGAUCCCUCUCAUAACAUGGAUCCCAAUAUGAGGAACAGUAUAAGUCCCAACGCUUUGGGCAACAACAAUGGUCUCCUCAUAAAGGCUUCCAGUGGAGACCAAAUGGAGAGGCAACAGGUUACAGGUCAGGGACGAGGGGUAGCGCUACCAGUGGGACUGGGACCAGUACCAGGACAGGCAGAGGGAAUCUACAGAGCUGGACCAAUGCAGUCCGUGCCAGGGUCUGGAGAAGUAAGACCGGAGUCCAUUCAAACAGACAUGUCUGCCCUUUCCAAACUACAUUGUAUUGAUGCCGAGAAGCCUUCUUCUCGUAAGAGACGCUGGUCAGCACCAGAGAGGGACCAGACUGAGAGAGCUGAGGAAGAGCCUCCUGUGACUCUGCCCAAACCCUCCUUCAUCCCCCAGGAGGUCAAAAUUAGCAUAGAAGGCCACUCCAGCGCUGGGAGUGAAAGAUGCUUGAAGAAAAGAGUGAAUUGUUAA